UACCUGUUUAAAUUCCGUUUUAGGCUCGAGCCAAGUUGAUUGAAGAAAUGGAUGUCGUUAAGAAAGGUAUGGGUCAUGGAGAUCUCAGCUUGGAUGCUUACACCCAAGUAUGGGAAGAAUGUCUUGGGCAGGUGCUCUUCCUCCCUUCUCAGAACAGAUACACUCGUGCCAAUCUGGCCAGUAAAAAAGAUAGAAUUGAGUCACUUGAGAAAAGAUUGGAGCUUAAUAGAGGCCAUAUGACAAAGGAAGCUAAAAGAGCAGCCAAAAUGGAAAAAAAGCUAAGAAUUUUAACAGGAGGUUAUCAGUCACGAGCUCAAGCCCUUAUUAAACAGAUUCAAGAUGUUACAGAACAAGUUGAACAAACCUUUCUUGAACUGAAGACAUUUGAAUCUUUGAAAGAACACGAAUCUCUGGCUGUUCCCAAGCGUGUAGAGUCGUUGACUGAAGAUGUCAAUAGGCAAGUAGAGAGGGAGAAGAGCUUGCAGAAGCGCUAUGAAGAUCUUUUAAAGGAUAGGGAUCAUUUAAUUGCAGAACAGGAUCACAGAAUGUAACUGAGCCACUCAUACAAAUUUGCUGUGUGGUUUAUAAAGUGAUUUUGGAAAUGAAACUGUACCUGUAUAACAGCUCAUUGUUUAAAAUAUAUGCUAAAAUCAUAUAAAAAGAGGGAAAACUGAGGUGACUAUCAGGAAAAAAAUGUUACUUAAAAUCUAGAUAUAAUUGUUAUUGUUGUUUAAUGUGUUUGUUCAGAUGUAAUUCAGUAUCAAAUAAAGGACAUUCUUUGUAAUCCAAAAUAAGAUAUCAUUUUCAUAUCAUGUUCCUAUCUAUAAGAAAAAUGUAUCCUUGAGUUAUUUCAUACAACAUGCAGUCACCGAUUACACAGGCCUGCAAAUUU